AUGAGGUAUACAAUUUUGGUAAUCGCUGUCCUAUCGACGCUGAUGGUGUUAGGAGCGUGCCAGUCAGACGACGAGAUGGCAGCCAUGCUCCAGGCUAUAACCUCUAACGAACCACAACAGAAAACUACCACCGACGAAGAACUCAACCUAGAUCCAGUUCUUGAUCAAACUGACACCUUUUCUAGUCAAGGUUCGACGUCAGAGAUCACGCGGUCUAAAGGAACAAUUUCCGAGUGCAUAAAUCAGGAGGGGCAGCGCGGCGUCUGUGUUUACUACUACCUUUGUGAUCAGGAGUCUAAGACUAUAAUAGAAGACGGGCGCACGCUUAUAGAUGUCAGAUCUGGGGAAUAUUGCCAGAAAUUCCUCGAGAUAUGUUGUCUACGUAGCCAGGUUCUAGAAGAACCCGCUAAAUAUGAAAGUAAACAGACCAAAUUAGUAGAAAAAGUAGUUCGCAGCGAUGAGAAGCCGAAAGCGAACGAAUGUGGUUGGAGUAAUCCUGGCGUCAACGUGUUCACCCCCCGGAGUGGUGGCGAACGUAUUACCGAUGGGGAAAAGAUCUACGCUGACUUCGGCGAUUUUCCGUGGAUUGUAGCCUUGCUGAAAAGGAAACAAGCGGAGGAAGAAUGGGAAAAAAGCAACUAUAUUGGAGGAGGUUCGCUCAUCCAUCCAUCCGUGGUGAUGACCACGGCACAUAAAGUUGCAGGCAGAAAGCCUGAAGACUUGAAGAUCCGCGCUGGGGAAUGGGACACCACGUCACUAGAUGAAGAAUACGAACAUCAAGAGAGAACCGUUUCCAAGAUCGUCAUACAUCGUGACUAUUUCAGACCUUCUCUAUACAACGACAUAGCGCUACUAUUUCUGGAGGAGCCAGUCAAUUUAACAUAUGCACCGCAUAUAGGCAUUGGAUGUCUUGGCAAACAGAUGCCAUCGGCAAACACGAACUGCUUCAGUAUGGGUUGGGGCGCUGAUAACUUCAACAACAAAUCUGUUUUCGCAGCGGUACUGAAGAAGGUGAAACUGCCGUUAGUAGAGCACAGUCGGUGUGAGGAGAUGCUGCAGAAGACAAGACUUGGACGUAUCUUCCGUCUCCACGCGUCUCUCACUUGCGCUGGCGGUCAGGCUGGUAUCGACACAUGCAAGGGUGAUGGAGGUUCUCCCCUCGUCUGUCCGAUUGGCGUCGGUGGUACGCGGUUUGCUAUCUUCGGCAUGGUUGCCUACGGCGUCGGGAAAUGCGGCCAGACUGAUAUUCCCGGUGUGUACGUGAACGUCCCGGACCUUUAUGACUGGGUGGAACAACAGCUCUACACCCAGGGCUAUGAUACCCAAUCUUACGUUUAUUAA